AAAGUACACGAGCAUACGUUCCCUUCCGUCAUUCAACCUUCUAACUCUCUCUCUCUCUCUCUCUACCUCAGGUCCAUAUGGUCACCACCACCGCCACCCUUCCUCUCCAAACAGGACAUAAUGAGAGGAGAGAAUAAAAACAAACAAAAGGUGGUAGAUGCAUGAGCAGAAGCAAAAUCGUCUCCCUUCUCUCUCUAUCUCUCUCUCUCUCUCUCUCUCUCUCUUCUCACCUUCUCUCUAGCUCUGUUGCUCUCUCUGUCUUUCUCUGACCUUGCCACCUUCAAUUCUCUCCCUCUCUGAGCACACACCUUCUUCCCCUCUGCAAGAUUUCGUCAACCCCAAAGUGAUUCUUCUCGGUUUUUUCGCUCCCUCAACAACCGCCGCAAUUCUCUGACUCGCAGUUCAACGUGUAAUUGUAGGUUGACGAGGACAAGUUUUCACACAUCCAGAUAGCUCCAUUGAAAGAUAUCUAUAAGGAUCUACUGCUCAUAUUCUUUUAGUAGCUUUUGAAGAUUGGAAUCAGCCAUGGUGAGCAUACGGAGGCGCAAACUCCUGGGUCUUUGCCCUGGGAGGAGUUCUUUCACAGCUCCACUUCCUAGGUUGUCUGACAGUGGAACUGCUCCUGAAAAUUCUGUCCAGAAUGCUAAACCAAUCAGUGUGCAUCCCAUCUCUUCAGCUUAUGCCAACCAACCUCUAGUGGCUACUGUGAAACUUGGUCCUGGAUCAUCAAACGUGUCUGCUUCUGGCGCAUCUAAACAGCAGCAUAAUCAACCAUUUUCAGAGAAGGAAACAAAACGCAGAAAGCGGCACCGAAGAAAGCAUUUUGAGAAUCAAGAACCAUGUUUAAUGAGAGGUGUCUAUUUCAAGAAUAUGAAAUGGCAAGCAGCCAUAAAAGUUGAGAAGAAACAAAUUCAUUUAGGCACUGUUGGAUCACAAGAAGAAGCUGCUCAUUUGUAUGAUAGAGCUGCUUUUAUGUGUGGGAGGGCACCAAACUUUGAGCUCUCUGAGGAGGAGAAGCAAGAACUUAGGAAAUUCAAAUGGGACGAAUUCUUGGCAAUGACUCGCCAUUCAAUUACUAACAAAAAACACCGGAGAAGGGUCGGGGCAGGGUCACAGAAGCAGUCUGAAACCCCACUGCAGAAUGGUGAAUGGGAAGGUGAUCAAGGAAUCAAUGGCUCCUCGGCGUCAGAAGAUGUAGAGCAGGAUACAUCUGCCAGUUGAAAAUUUUGCCUUGGGAAAGAAGUUGAACUGCCUAGUUUAAAGGGGUAAGUGCUAAAUAUUUAGCCUCCCUAUUCUUUGGUAUAUAAAAGCCCCUAUUAAAGCUAGUCAUUAUGGAUUUCAUUGUCUGUUGAUAAACAAACCUUCAAGCAUUAAUCCAAUAAGACUACAAUAUUAUAUGCAUCA